AGAGGGCGGGCUUGGGCAAGCAUGGCGGGGCAGCGCCUCCUCGUACCCCGGCUGGAGGGCGUUUCGCGGGAGCAGUUCAUGCAACACCUCUACCCACAGAGAAAACCUCUUGUGUUGGAAGGGAUUGAUUUGGGGGCCUGUACAAGCAAGUGGACGGUGGAUUACCUAAGCCAAGCUGGAGGGAAGAAAGAAGUAAAGAUUCAUGUUGCUGCAGUUGCACAGAUGGACUUCAUUAGUAAGAACUUUAUAUAUAGAACAUUACCUUUUGAUGAGUUAGUUCAGAGGGCAGCUGAAGAAAAGCAUAAAGAAUUCUUUAUUUCAGAGGAUGAGAAAUACUACUUACGGUCACUUGGAGAAGACCCUAGAAAGGAUGUGGCAGAUAUCAGAAAGCAGUUUCCUUUGUUGGAAGGAGACAUUAAGUUUCCAAAAUUCUUCAAAGAGGAGCAGUUCUUUUCCAGUGUUUUUCGGAUUAGUUCACCAGGAUUACAACUUUGGACUCACUAUGAUGUAUGCUUAUCAUUAUGGUUCCAUAAUGUAAUUUCUGAAGAGUUUGGAGUGGGAGUGAAUAUCUUUUGGAAGCACCUUCCAUCUGAAUGCUAUGAUAAAACAGAUACCUAUGGAAACAAAGAUCCUGUAGCAGCAUCAAGAGCUGCACAAAUUUUGGACAGAGCCUUAAGAACACUGGCUGAAUUGCCAGAGGAGUACAGGGACUUCUAUGCAAGGCAAAUGGUCUUACACAUUCAAGAGAAAGCCUACAGCAAGAACUUUGAGUAAAUGAUUAAGUGAGUGCAAUGCAUAUAAACAUUUUAAUAAAAUUUGGCUCUAAUAUUGGAAAAGGAUAACAAGAUAUAAAUUUUUAAAGAUUCAUUCUUUGUUAAAAUAGGAAAGA